UACCAGCUGAACCUUUUCGACCAGUUAUCGGUCAACUGUUUGAAAUUCGUUCGUUUUUACAACAUAGUCAUAUAAUGGAAUAUUUCAAUAGUUUGCAAACAAAACAUGGCUCCGUAUUUCUCAUAGCCAUGAAAUCAGAACUGCGUCUUGUCGUUCAUGAACCUGAUUAUAUUAGAGACAUAUUAAAGAUUCAAAAGAAAAAUUACAUUAAAGCUGACUUUUAUAAACUUACUCUUAGUCCUGUGAUCGGUCUGCAUAACUUAUUGGUGAGCGAAGGUGAAGAACAUGAACGUUCCCGUCGAAUGUUAAAUCCAGCGUUCCAUUAUGUUAACUUACGAUCGAUGAUUCCUAUUAUGGUAGGGCAGACACAAAAGGUAUUUGAACACUGGUUGAAUAAAAGAGAACUUGAUGUGCAAGAAGAAUUAAGUACAUUAACUUUAAGGAUAAUUGUCUCUACAGCAUUCGGUCAAAAUUACGAAACCAUUCAAAACAGUCAACAAAUCAUACAUGAAAUAUUUACAGACGUUCUGGAUGCUAUACAGCAUCGCUUAUUUAAUCCUCUGUUGUUGAUUCCCUUUCUGUCGAUGCUUCCCAUCAUAAAAAAGCCUAUAAUUGAUCAAGGUGCAGACAAAAUUCGUCAAUUUGUUGAUCAAAUCAUUCUAGCACGUAGACAAGGUUCUAGUCAAAGUCAAUGUCAAGGCAGUGAUAUUCUUGAUUUACUUCUUUCAGCUAAAGAUAGUAAUAAUCAAGGUUUUUCAAACGAACAAAUUCGUGAAGAAACAUUAGCCUUUAUUCUAGCUGGACAUGAAACAACAAGUACUUUAAUUACAUGGUGCUUGUAUGUUGUUAUGACCAAUCCUGAAGUUUAUCGUGCUUGUCUACAGGAAGUCGAUCAUAUUUUACAGGAUGGUACUGAACUUGACCAUCAUAAAUUGGAUGAAUUACAAGUGAUCGAAGCUGUGAUUUAUGAAACACUUCGUUUAUAUCCACCAGCACCAUUCUUUAUUCGACAAUGCAUUCAUGAACAUACCAUUGGUGGCGGUGAUUCAAAACAACCACCAAUAUCUGUACCUCGAGGAGUUAUUGUUCAUAUAAAUACGUAUAUUCUUCAUCGAUUAGAAACAUACUGGGGUAUGAAUGCUGAACAAUUUGAUUAUAAACGAUGGUUAAAGAAUCCAGAAACGGGUAUCAAACCGAAACUCAAGCAUCCAUUCUGUUAUUUGCCAUUCUCGGCUGGAAAUCGCAAUUGUAUCGGACAACAUUUUGCACUUCUUGAAUCUAAAGUGAUUUUAUCUCUUUUCUUUAAAUAUUUCACAUUUAAGAUGGUUGAAGAUCAGAUUAUUUUUCCCGACUUCUCAUUAACAAUGAAACUUGCAUAUGGACUUCGAAUAAGAAUUAAACGACGAUCAUUAUCCGAAUAG